AGUCGGAUGCGAUCGCUGGUCGUUCGCAGUAACGCGAGCAGCUCGCUCUAUAAUGUGUCGUUGUCACCAGGAUGGGAGGCACGCGACUCGCAGAUUCUGUGCAAAGCAUUGAUGAAGUUUGGCAUGGGCCAAUGGUCGGACAUUGUGCGAAGCGGCUGUCUGCAGGGUAAGACGGUCGCACAGCUGUCGUCACAAACGCAACGUAUCUUGGGUCAGCAAUCGACCGCCGAGUUUGCCGGCCUGCACAUGGAUCCGACCGUGAUUGGACUGGAAAACGCGCGAAUCUUGAAUGCUACUCGCCGGCAUGGUGUCAUUAUCAACACUGGAGCAAAGCCCUCUCGAGACGAGAUUCUUCGUCGGAUAGAGAUCAAUAGACAAAAGUAUGAACUGCCAGAAGAGGUUUGGAAGGCAAUUGAUUUGACCGCGGUCGUGGCCGAGUUGACACCUGCUGCUGCCACGACGAUGAGCUUGAGUUCGCUGUUAGUCUCCUUGGAGGAAAAGAAAGAAGAGCUGAUUCGGCUACGAUACAAAUUGAGCGACCUUGAACUUCAAAUAGCAGAGUACGCCAACCGACCAGACUCGACAACAGACUCGGACGACAGCGCCAACGACGCGGUCUUGCAACCAAAACGGGCACGAUUGGACGAAGGGUCCUCGUCGCCAGGCGCCACUCCAGCCGCAGCAUCACCAACCACGGUACCACUGGGCCCUGGAGUGGGCCUGCGCACGAGUAUGGGCUUGGGCGUGCGUAUGGUUCGUCUGACAAACAUUGCCUACCGGCGCAUGAAACGGGCGAAAGCCGCAGCCGAACAGCCGGGGAGCAUUCCCGCUGCUCGUCGAAAAGCACCCAACGGAAGUCGGAAGGCCAUGUUGCUUGCCAAAGAGGCCCAGCGAAUGGCGCGCACGCAAGACAUGUCCGAAGUUGCCGCCGACGACGACGACGACUUUGACCUCGCCCAGGGGCUUUCCGCCUCUCUCGCAGCUGCCGAAAACCGUACUGGCAUGGCUGACGAGCAGCCCGCCCAUCUAUUGGAUGGCUUUGGUUUUGUGAAUUUCACCGAAGACGAGCUUGACGCGCCGUGCAUGGUUUGCAACCUGGUUUGGGAUGGCGUCUCCAACAUGCUCGAUUGCGAUGUGUGUCAUCUUUGGUUUCACCACACCUGUGUUGGUCUUCCCAGCACGGCUGAGGGUGCCUGGGUGUGUGCGAGCUGCGCGAAUGCUUGAAGCGAGCUUUGAAGGCUCGAAAGCUCGAAAAAGCGCAAAAUGCAAUUCAUUGUUCCGCAAAAUGAAAGUCCUCGAUAUGCCC